AUGAAAUAUGGAACUGACUUGCAUCUUAUUUUUGAUGAUCACCCUGAUAGGUAUGGAUCCUACCUGGUGUGGAAGGAGUGUGGGGGGUUCACUGAGGAUGCUGUGGCACCUUUGGGACUCUACGCGUUGCAGCUGGCUCUCAACUGGGCCUGGACUCCCAUCUUCUUUGGUGCACACAAGUUGAAAAUGGCCCUCAUCAAGAUAGUGAUGCUGACUGGUGCUGUUGGAGCCACCAUGGCAUCCUGGUAUCCGGUCAAUCGCACUGCCAGCCUGCUCCUGACACACUACCUGGCAUGGCUGUGCUUGGCCACCUCCCUCAACUACUGCAUCUGGAGAGAGAACCCAGAUGAGGAUGGAAAGGAGGAGUAGGCAACACUGUAUGUGCCGUACGUACUUGGUUUCUCCCAGGUUCCGAAAGAUCUUUAUUCCUGUUGAAAUAACUAUGUCAGUUGAUAUUGGCACCAAAAUGUGGUCUUACUGGUUGCAUUUAUAUUAAGAUUUUUUGCACAAAAAAAAUGGCUAUACUAUGUAGUUGUGCCUACAAUUGUAUGAGGCAACAAUGCUCAACAUCAGUAAUAUGAUCUUAAUUCAUUACAUUGCAAAAUGUUAUUGAUAAUAAAACAAUUGUUCAGAAAUUGCCAUAAUACCCCAUAAACAUCUACCAUCAUUCCUAUACGGUUAUCAAAAACUCUUUAUAUUGCAUAGCCUUUGUAUUGACAGCUCCAAGGUCUAAACAAUUAAGCCAUUCGUAUGCUACUGCGUUUUGUUUUUUUACAUAAAGGUUUAUCCCAUAAACUAAUCUCCAUUGAAGAAAUUGGUGCUUGGUUUUUGCAAGAUUUCAGAAACCAUCUUCAUUCUUAAAUGUAUUCCAAUAUUUCUGUCGAAGCUUACCAUGGCUUUGCAGAGAACUGAUUUAUUCUGCCAACUCUUAUUACAAGGAAAGUCCAUGCCAGCAAAGCCUUAAGUACAUCAGAUUUGAAU